AUGAGCUCUGAAGUGCACAGGCUCUUUCUAAAGCACCUGGAGUUCUCCACGACUUCGAAACAGCUUGCGGAUACCCUGACGAAUGAGGGGCAUGGAGAUGGGUUGGUGCACAUCCGGAUUGUGCGCAAGGGAAGCCACUUUCCUGGGAAGACCUGCAACGCGUUCGUAACGUACGAGCUGGAGAGUCAGGUCCGUGAUGCUGUUGCAGGACUGGCGCAGUCGACCCUCAAUGGCAUUUGCAAGUACCCAUGUGAAGCUGACGUGGCCUAUCCUCGCAACAACUCCGACACCUACUAUCACCUGAAGGAGAACUCUUGGACAGGUGGACCGACGACUUCAUCGAGCACUCCCGAAACCCCUCCGGUGACGCUUCAACCAAGGCCACCGAGCACUCCGCCGCCAGCAGGUCUCAGGCCAAUGGCCCCACCUGAGCCACCUGGUCCUCCACCCGGUUGGCAAGCGCCUCCCGGGAUGAUGUUCACAGGACCUCAUCCGUUUCCACCGCCACCGCCUUUGAUUCCUUUCGGAGCUCCUCUCGGUCCACCUGACGGACUACUACCUGCAGUGGCUCCAGCUGCAGCCAAGGUGCCAGGUGCAACGCCAAAGGCAGAUCCUCCUUGGAAGAAGACCACUGAGAAGGUGGAGAAGGUGGAGAACAAGGACGAGGAGAGCGAUGGACAGAAUGUGACUUCCGACGGCUAUGGCGAGGAAGAUUUGCGCUAUGGCGAGGAAGAUUGGUGUGACGACAUGCUUCAGUCAUCGCUGUGGGAGGUCUUCCAUGAGGAUGAUGGCGGCAAGGCUGAGGGAAAGCCUGAAGUGGAGGCUGAGGGAAAGCCUGAAGUGGAGGUUGAGGGAAAGCCUGAAGUGAAGGCUGAGGGAAAGCCUGCAGUGAAGGAGGAGGGAAAGCCUGCAGUGAAGGAGGAGGGAAAGCCUGAAGUGGAGCUGGUCGAUGUGAAGGAGGAGGCCACGUCACCAGCCGAGGCCAACCAGAAUGACGAGAAGGCCGUGGAGGAGGCUGUGGAGCGUGUUUCGAGCGCUGUCCAGAAGGCUGUGGGGAAGGAAGAAGUCAAGGAGACGGUCCAGGUCAAGGCGACGACGCCGUUCUUCAUCGACGAGCAGCCGAAGUUAUCGCUCAAGGCGGCGCAGACGUUGAAUUUGUAUGAGUGA